UCAGUUUUCACCGGGCCGCUCACGCUCAAUCACGCGUGCUCUCCAUUCUCACUUCCUGCCUGUGAGCCGCCUCUUCUGUGCGUGGCGCGUGCAUGCGUGUGCGUGCGUGUGUAUGUGUAUCGAUUUAAUCGCUUCCGCCAUUGUCGCGGCAGCGUGUUGACUCCAUUUAAAAUUCAAAGCCGAUCGCCUAUUCAAAAUGAAAACGAGUUCGAGAACGACACUCGAUAUGAUUCAAUAGCGAAUUGAAGAGAUGCGCGACGUUGACAGAGAAGAAGCAUGCGUGUGGUUGCCUAAGACCCAACAGACCGAGUGCAAGCACUGUGAACGAUGGUUGACUAUUACAAGAUACUGGAAGUGCAACGGAACGCCACCAGCGGGGAUAUCAAAAAGGCAUAUAGAAAAUUGGCAUUGAAAUGGCACCCGGACAAGAACCCUGACAACCUGGAGGAGGCGAACAAAAGAUUCAAAGAGAUAUCCGAGGCGUACGAGGUAUUAAUCGAUGAUGCGAAGAGACGAACCUACGACCAACGAUUGUAUCAGAAGGCGUCCUCGAGGCCCGGCCGUGGAUUCACCUAUCGGAGUUUCUUUGACUCUCCUUUCCAGCGAUAUUUCGAGAAGAAAAGGAGGGUCUACGAUCAAUAUGGAAAAGAGGGACUUCAAAUGCCCGGUGCUAAGAGGCGACACAAGGACGAUUUUGAACCGCACUUUGCCGGCACCUUCAUGUUCAGAGAUCCUGAGGAAGUAUUUAAGGAAUUCUUUGGUGGUACUUCUUUCGAGGAUUUAUUCUCCGACCUUAGCGAAGUUGGUAUACGCUUCGGAUCCAACAGGCAUAGCCAUCCAAGCAGUAACAGCAUUAGCACGUCAUUCUUUGGCCCAUUAGGAGUUUCUCACUUCGGUUUUUCACCAUUCAACAACUUGUUUGAAGGUUCGUCAGGAAACUUCACCUCGUUCAAUACGUAUGCGAGUUACGGUGGGAGCAGCGUUGGCGGUGCUGUGAAACGGACAAGUACUUCAACUCGAUUCAUCAAUGGCAAAAAGAUCACCACCAAAAAGGUUUUCGAAAACGGGAAGGAAACAAUAUUGUCGUACGAGAACGAUGUGCUGAAGUCGAAGACGGUGAACGGCGUGCCACAAUCAAUAACGUUUGACGAGUCAUCGACGAGUCGCCAGCUGACCGACAGUGCCAGCGAUAUCUCGAUGGCUGGCCAGAACUCGAGAACAGUCCAUGGUGAUCAUCAGAAGGCUAGCAGAAUAAAGACGCACCAUCAUCCACUUCUCACUAAGAAGCACGAUAAGAGUAAGAAAAAGUAGAGGCAACACUCUUGCAGCCUUCUCUCAUUCGUUACUUUUUGUCUGUAUCUUUUUUCAUUUUAGUCCUUUUAUUUUAUUAUCCACUUUUCUUUUCGAAUUAAACGCAUACAUAUGUGAACAUUACAUUGCAUACGUAUACAUGUAUCAUUCACGGAACUCUGAUUGUUGUACAAUAUAUCAUUUUCCGCAACGUUGCUUUUGCUAUUGUUCACAUAAUCGGGAUUGAGAAAAAAAAAAUGAAAAACUCUACGUGGCUUAGCUCCGACUGACCACAAAUGUUCGAUUUGAUCAAUAAAAAAAAAAAAAAAAUUCGCUGCAAAAUUCGUUGUAAAGAUUUUGCAUCGAAAGUGGUGUGUUUAAUUGAUUCUUGUUUGCGAUUGAGAGAAUGUGUGUAUGUGUGUGUGUGUGUGUGAGAGAGAGAGAGAGAGAGCGCGCGAGAGAGAAAGAGGGAAAAGGCCCUUCUUUCUACAAAGGAACAGAAAGAAAUUGUUAUUACAGAACAUUCUGUUGCGUUUUAUAGAUAGCGUCGUUUCCGUUCAAAUUUUGGCGUGUUACGUUUAAUCUGGUAAGUUUCGCUUAUCCUAGAUUCCUUAGAAGGUUAAUUUACACUAUGUCGUAAGUUAUAUAACUGCUAGAUUUUUAUUUGUAAGCCGCACGAAUUUCAAACAUCUACACAUAUACACAACAAACAAACAAACACCCACAUAUACAUACAUACAUACACACACACACACACACGCAGAGAUACCUCGACUGAAUUUGAUAGAAUUUAAAUUGUUAAAACAUACGCGUACACAUUUUAUUUUUUAUGCGAAUAGACACAACACAUACACAUGAGGAUGAAUUUCAUCACACGUAUAUUUGUUUAAGGCAUCACGAUCGACUUGCAGUCAUAACAAGUGCUCUUAAAGGAUAAAAUUGUAUUACGACAAAUUUUACUACAGUGGAUCUUUUCCAUCUUUUGUUUUCGAGAAUCGCGGUGAAACAUUCACGAUGGAAGAAAUGUGUUCCUCUUAUAUUUUUUCUUUUCUUUCUGAUCGAUCCGCAAGGAAAGAACUAAACUACAUGCAGGGCUAAGUUUUUCUGUUGCGGAAAUGUUUCCUCAUAAGCAAACUUAAAUGUCGUAAUCCUAUUUGUUUCUCUUAGUUAGUUUCUUGCGUAUGUGUAUAUAAUGAUAAGG